GUCGGAACUGCUGUGCUGCCUGUCGGUCAAGUCUCCCCGAUUUUGCGCGAUAUCUGCAGUUCUAUCGACCAUGCCUGCCCCUACAACUGCAGCCGUCACCUCUAAGAAGAGGAAAAAUGUCAAGUCGAGCGCCGUUCCCUCCUCCAAGCGUCGCGCAGUCGCUGAGACCGAGAGCCCCAAUGCGAUUGCCGAUAUCCAGCAGCUGGAAGACCAAAUUUCCGAGUCGCGAAAAUACUACAACAACAUUGCGACCCUGACUUCCAUGCUCAAUGUCGAUGGCUCGUCCAAACCGAACAUGGCUGUUGCCGUGGCCCUUUGCCGGGUUUUCAGCCGUCUGAUCGCUGGUGGAAACUUGACGGAGACCAGUCGCGCCGCAGAGAAUGAGAAAAUCAUCGUAGCUUGGUUGAAGGAACGCUGCCGGGAGUACCAGAAGCUCUUGCUGUCCAUCAUUCGCGAAUGCGACUCCUCUUCUCAGAUCAGCGCCUUGACCUUGUGCCUCUGCCUCAUCAACGAACGUGCUACCCACCUCCCCGGCGACAACACUCAGGAAUGGACAUCGGGUUUGUUCAAGGGAGUUUUCGAGGCGGUUGUUGAAGCGCAGAAUGGACAAGCGGUGCUCUCCGAAUUCAUCGAGAAGGCAAAGGAAUUCGAAGACGUGCGGUACUACACAUUCAUGCAACUUGCCGAAUACGCAGACACCGAACAACCAUCCGAGAUCCUCGACGUCCUAAUCUCCAUCCUCUCAGCAUGCGAUUCCGUCCCCGGCCCGGAGCACGAAUUCGAAAGCUUCUACACGGAAUCCAGCAAGCAAAACAAAAAGGUCCUUUCCGUGAACUCGCACAAGAAACGAGCCCAAGACGCCUGGCUCGCCAUCCUACGCAACAACCUCUCCCAAUCGCAGCGUAAAACCCUCCUGCGCAUCAUGGUCCACAACAUCGAGCCGUGGUUCAACCGCCCCGAACUCCUCAUGGACUUCUUAACAGACUCCUACAACGUCGGAGGAGCCACCUCUCUCCUCGCCCUCUCGGGUCUCUUCUACCUCAUCCAAGAAAAGAACCUCGACUACCCCCAAUUCUACCAAAAGCUCUACUCGCUCCUCGACGCCGACCUCCUCCACUCUAAGCACCGCUCCCGCUUCUUCCGCCUCAUGAACACCUUCCUCGCCUCUACCCACUUGCCCGCCGCCCUGAUCGCAAGCUUCCUCAAGCGUCUUUCCCGCCUCUCUCUUAACGCGCCCCCCACUGCCAUCGUGGCCAUCGUCCCCUUCAUGUACAACCUCCUCAAAGAGCACCCUACCUGCGCCUUCAUGAUGCACCGCAACAUUCGCGACGAGGGGCUCAAGGCUCAGGUAGAAGCAGAGGGCAUGGACGAUCCCUUCGAUCCUGCUGAGCCUGAUCCGACCCGCACAAACGCCAUCGAGAGCAGUUUAUGGGAAAUCGAGACUCUUCAGUCUCAUUAUCAUCCUAAUGUGGCUGCUAUUGCGAAUAUCAUUUCUGAGCAGUUCACGAAACAGUUCUAUAAUCUGGAGGAUUUCCUGGAUUACACUUACCAGGGUAUGUUGCAGGGAGAGUUGGGCACUGAGGACAAGCCGUUCAAGCGGACGCCGGUGGUGGAGUAUCAAAUACCCAGGCGGAUCUUUACCGAUCGGUUGUUGGAGGAGGAUGGUGGCCAGGAUUCCGGUCCUGGAAGCUAUGUCCGAGGAUUGUGGGAUUUUGCUUGAUGAGCAAGGUAUAUAUUGUUUAUUUCUACGGCUGUGCCCUUUUUCUUAGACUUGACAUUUUUUAGCGUACAUAAUUAGAUUUGGCGGGACACGGAUGGGUUCAAAGAAAAGUUAUUAAAAGUUUCAAGUUUAUCUAUCUGCCAUCAAAGCAUGAAUCACAAGAGUUUGCG